CACGCUCCCGGUCGCCAGUAUAGUGUAUACAGAGUGUAUAUAGUGUGUAUAGGUUGUGUAAGAUAAUUGGAAAUGUCAGGACAAGAAGGGGUUAGAGGUAAAAUUAUCAAACGAUAUUGCAAACUGAGCCAGAUGUUUUUAUAAAUUUGUUUAUUUGUAGAUUAAGGUAAAUGUUCAUGAUAUCUGAUUAAAAAAUCAUUAACGUUUUCCAUUCAAAAGCUAAACUGUGGUGAAAUUAGUUUUUUUUUACAAGAUAUUAGUAACGUUAUAACAGUUUUUGAGUGAUUUUAAUUCCGUAUGUUGAUAUAACUACCUAAAUUCAGUGAUGGCUCCCCUACUGCACCUACUCGUAGUUAUAGUCUCAUUGGAAACAAUCCACGCCGCAAGGAUACUCGGGAUGUUUCCCAUGUGGGGGAAGAGUCACCACAAUUUCCUGCAGCCCGUCAUGAAGACUCUAGCAGCCGCUGGGCACGAGGUGGUCAUGUACAGUCCCUUCCCUCUGGACAAGCCUCCUCCCAACUACACCGAUGUCUUCCUAGAGAACAUCAAGCCCAACAGCAAAGAAAUGCAAGAAUUCUUUCUUGAGAUCACUGAUUUCCCAGAGUGGAAAUGUACCGACUCACACUGGCUACUCCACCGGUUAAUGUACAACGAGUUCAUAGAGGAUCCAAAGAUUCAGGAAUUGCUCACUGGGAAGGAGAAAUUUGACCUAAUAUUCGUUGAAAUAACAGUUCAAGAACACGCCCUCAUCAUGGCGGAAAUAUUUAAAGCUCCAGUCAUUUCUCUUCAAGCAUUCUUCCUGAAUAAUAUUGUCAAAAGCAUAUCUGGAAACGUCUUGGAGCUCGCUUAUAUCCCCGAUGUUUGCCUGUCCCUCUCAAACAGGAUGACCUUUCAAGAGAGACUUUUUAAUUCAUUCUCCAGUCUCAGGGGACUCUAUUACCACUACUACUAUCAACUUCCAUCGUUGGAGACGAUGAUGAGGAAGAGGUUCCCAGAUCUUCCGCCGAUCACUGAAAUGGUAAAGAACAUAUCUUUGCACUUCAUCAACGACCACAUGACUGCGGACUACGCCCAGCCUAGGGCUCCCAAUGUUAUCGGAGUUGCAGGGAUACACAUACAGCCUACUAAACCUCUGCCAAAGGAGAUCCAAAAGUUCAUGGACGAGGCACCGGCUGGAGUCAUAUUCUUCAGCUUGGGCACCUACGUAGAUGAUGAUAUAAAACCAAAAGUAUACUUUGAUAUGUACAACAAUAUAUUCAAGAGGUUAAAAGAAAGGGUAAUUUGGAAGACGAGGAAGAGUAAUAUUGAAGGCCUUCCAGCGAAUGUCUUGACACUAAAAUGGGCUCCUCAACCGGAUAUUUUAGCACACCCCAACUGUGUCCUGUUCAUCACUCAUGGCGGACUUCUCAGCCAACAUGAGGCGGUUCACUUCGGCGUCCCUGUCGUUGGCAUUCCUCAGUUCUACGACCAACAUCGCAACGUGAGGUUCUACGAGGAACGAGGAAUCGGAGUUAAGGUGGCCAUCAACGACAUCUCAGAGAAGACCAUGUUUACAGCGAUAAGAAAAGUGCUGGACAACCCAAGUUACAGAGACAACAUGAAGAGGUUGUCUGCGGUAUUCAGAGAUCGGCCCAUGUCUCCUGCGGAGUCUGUCGUGUUCUGGACGGAGUAUGUGUUGAGACACGGCGGAGCUCCACAUCUGAGGCCAGCCUCUACUGAGCUGCGUUGGUAUCAGCUGAUACUACUGGAUGUAGCAUUAGUUGUUUUUAUGAUACCGUCCUUGUUUAUUAUUUCUUUAAUUUUAUUUUACAAAAGGUAUAUGAAAAAAAGUGUUUCAAAAAUAAAAAAGGAAAACUAGUUUCCGUGAUUAUUUUUA